AUGACGAUUAGUUCCUAUGAAGAUCUGAUUCCUUCAGGGGCCCUGGACGGGGGAACUAGAAGGACGUGGGAGCCGGUCACCCAGGUCGCGCGAUCCUGGAGAGUCAGGGGCUGGGGCUUCGGAACGCCACGAGCCAGCACGCGUGGGCAGCAGGGUCAGGACCCCGGUGAAGAAGGCCAGGUGACAGAGCUGGGGAAGUCGGGAGUGGGAGCAGGGAGGGGAAGGAAUGCGGGGAUUUCCUGGCUGGCCCGAACAGCCCCGGGUGUGCGCCCGGCAGGGCUCCCGUCCCGGCCCGGCCUCGGGUGCCAGGUGGCGGCCGCGCCAAGCAGCCCGCACCCUCCCGCGCCGCGGCCCUGCCCCUCUCACCUCAGGCCUCGUCGCUCCGCCGCGCCUGUGCUGAUCCUCCCACCGGAGCGGCCCGGGCCCUCAGUCCCGCGGUUCACGGGAGGCUCCCGCACCGCUCCCGGUCCCUCGGCUGCUCGCCGCAACCGGGAUCGCCCGAAGCUCAAGCAGCGGGGACGCCGCGCAGUCCUCCUUCACCGCCCACCGCGUUGCUCACUUAACUCCGCCCCUCAGGGCCCGGCCCCCCGGACUCAGAGCCAGGUGUCGAUUGGCUGCAGCCAGUUACGGCGCCGGCGGCCAUUGGCCAGAGGCCGCCGGAGACGACGGGGCGGGACUCUUGGCGGCUGCUAUUCCCGUAACGCGGCUCCCCGGCAUCCCGGAUUCCGGCGGAUGAGCCCGGUCCCUUUUCCCAGACUGGAUCGAAGGCGUCCCCGCCGCCCCUCCGCAAGGCUGCAGGAGCAGAAUGUUACAUUUUCCCUGGGAUAACUGGGCCUCCGACCGCUGCCUGAGUCGCCCGCACUCCCUUUUCGCCCGGCGCCAGCUGCCUGUUUCCACGGCCUUGCCCCGGGACCGAAGCCGCCCCCGGACGGCCGUGCGCCCUUAGGGACCCGAGAGCGUGGGAGCUCCCUGGGGACAGGGCAGGGCUCGUGGCUCUGACUGCAUACCCGAUCUCCGCUGGUUGGGGCGACGGCUUCAGUCCGAGGCUUAUGUAAACGGUGUAAAUUUUUUUUCCGGCAAUCAUCUUCAUGUUCACUUCAUGUACAAGAACCUACGGAUGAAGCCACACCUCAACCUAGCCGUUGAAUGAGAUUACUCCACCUCCAACAUUUCAGGUUGUGUUUCCUUCUCCGUACCCAUAGCCACCUACGCCUGUAUCUUUCCUUUUGUGCUAACUCCCACUGUAUCUUCAAUUUGUCUUCAUUGUGACCUCCAGUUCUCAGAACUUGCUAUUUCUAGCUUCUCUUCCUAAGCAAAGAGAACUUUUAAAUCAACUGUUUCAACUAUAUAAUCACUUCUAUCUUCAGUGCCCUGGAUCUUCAACCAUGUGUUCCUUACCAAUCUAUUUCCCAAUGAUUUCCCUUUUCCUUAAACUAUAGCCUUGCCCAACAUUUAUUCUUGAUAUAGAAAUCUGUUUCAUUAUUCUCUGGAAGGGUCAAGACUACAAUUUGUGAGCAUCUUUGAGUUUUUCCAGUUUAGGAUUCAACUACUGUACAUACCUAUCAACUUUACCCCACAAGGAAGGCCCUUCAUAAAAAUGUUCAUAAUAAAUAUUAA